AUGUCUCCCAGUCUACCGAAACCGAGCAGUCUACACCUCUCGAGACUCCCACAGCGCAACCGCACGAUGCGGCGUGGGGCGGCGGCCGGCGCGCUCGCCGAGUCCUUCUACCCAUCGCCCGCACCAACACUAAGCCCUUCGACGUCCUCAACACAAGAGCUCUCCUCGGCUGUUCGCGCUGAGGAAUCCUUCAGCGAAGAGACCGCUCAGGCGCCGACAAUCGAUCCGUCGUUUCUGCUCGAGCUGUCCAGCCUUGUCGAGCACUGGAACGUGAAUGACAGUCCUAUCUCUGGGCUUGCCUUCGACUUCCACAAUGCGCCUACGCCACCGCUGCCACCUCGUUCUGAUUCACCAUUUGACAUUAACCUCAAUCUCGGCGCUGACGAUGGCGACGAUGAGGACGACGACGACGCGCCUCAGCCUCCUGCUGGAGGUGCGGCGGUGACCGUGUCCUCAGCGGCAGUCUUGAGCGACGAGCUACACCAGCAGCUCAGGAGGACGAUGCUUCGGCGUCCUUUGUUUGAGGAUGUCACGAACGCCGAUGACUUCGUGGAGAAGCCCACGUUCGACCCUUCGCAGCGGCCGCCAGGCACCUUCAGACCGCUCUCGGCGACUGAUGGGUCUUCGUUGGAAGAGUAUUAUGUCCGCCUGGUGACCCAGCAGACAACGCCGAAGGCCCGGGGCUACGUCCGGGACCUCAUCACGGUUGAAGGGAACCGCCGAGGGAAUCGGUAUCUGCUUGAGAGGGUCAAGCGGAUGAAGGGGCGGACGGAGGAGGAAAAGCGGAAGGAGCAGGGGCUGAUGAAACAGCUUGAAGAGGAGAACACGAAGGUUGCGGCUCUGGAGAAGGUGAAAGCGGAGAAAGAGGCACAGAAGGCAGCGCAAGAUGCGCAACUGGCGGCCAGAAACGCGAGACUGGCGAAGCAGAUGCAGACCACGUUCCCCGGGCGCAAGAGCGGCAAGAUCAUGACGCCGUCGCAGCUUGGCUCCAGUUCGUCACGCAAGCCCUUGCCAACUUGUCUCGUUGACGCCUCGCUCGCUACCGCCGAUGUCACCUUCGCCGCCUCGCCCUCGCCCUCUUCUGGAAGGACUUCGCUUGCCGAGCAAGGUCUGGAGGCGUUCAAACAGCAAGAGCAAAGCUAG